AUGAGGGCCUUCGACCCUUCUCCUCAGCAAACCUUCCCCUCGGGCUUCACCCACGAUGUCAGCUUGGUGGAUACCAUCGGCUGGACUGCAUUGAAACCAGCAGCUAACUCAUCCAAGCCGAAGUUGUCACUCCAAUGGCUGUCACAAGACAAAUGGCCAGGAAUCAAGCACAACUCAAGCAAGCUCGCUCUCUUGGAUGACAGCUUGAUUGAAGAUGAAGCCAAGAGCAUUGGAGUAGUAGAUAGUCGAUGUCAGCUCCCGCUGAUCCAAGCGAUGACCCAACCACUUGGAAAAACCUGGUUGCCAGAUCGAUCUUCUAUCGAGUUCGGGCAACCUGCCAACACUAGAGUGUUUGGUCAAAGCGGAACACCAGUUUGUGUGGUAGAGGACAUGCCAGACAAGACCGGGAAAAUAACCAAGGUGGCUGGGUUUUCUUCCUUUGUGCAGGUGGCAUCUGACGUGCAAAGAUAUGAUCUUGAGGGUGAAAAGCUGUACAAGAGGCUGGAAGAGGGCCGAGUGGCGUUCUAUGGGGCAUUUCAGGUUCCGCCAGAGCUGAGGGAUGGAUAUCGGGUUGCAUGA